CCCUCCUCCUCCCCUCCACAAACGCUGAGCGGUGGUCGGAGUGCAGCAGCGCUUAUGGGCGAGACGCACUUUCUGGGGUUUUAAGGAAACGAUCUCGCGCUGAAAUGAACCAGAGCCCGGUCUCCGGCGCGGAUUGACACGGAAACUUUUGCGAUGGCCGCAAAGGCGCAAAAGUAGCCGCAAGAGAGAGAGAGAGAGAGAGAGAGAGAGAGAGAGAAGGAGAGAGAAGAGAGAGAGAGAGAGAGAGAAGACAGAGAGAGAGAGAGAAGACAGAGAGAGAGAGAGAGAAGACAGAGAGAGAGAGAGAGAAGACAGAGAGAGAGAGAGAAGACAGAGAGAGAAGACAGAGAGACAGAGAGACACACAGACAGAAGGAGAAUAUCUCCGCUCAGAUCGCCACCGCACGCAGGCGCAGGGCUGUAGAAUGAGAUCCCGCUGCAGCUUCUAACGGCAACAAAACCGAGUCGGAAAACCGUUUGUUUUUGUUUUCUUUUUUCGCCCUCUCCUGAUUUUCUGUCGCAACUCGGCUUCCGAGGCUGUUGUUUUGAACCUGUGAUAGAUCCUAAUUAUGGCGGGGAAAGGGACAUCACAAGGCACGGGAAUAUUGCUUGUGACGGCCAACGUCGGCUCUCUCUUCGAAGAUAAAAAUUUGCCAAUUCUAAAUGAAACAAGAAAAUAAAUUGCUACAGGGAUUCCAUGGGAUGCAACAAAAAUAUCACGUGAGCAGGAGAUUUAUACUUUCACAUGCCUGAAAACCUUCAGAAGACAUGGCUGAGGGAGUUCUAUCAGACGGUGCACUCACACAAACCACACUUUGUGGCCUUACACUGUCAAGAAGUGGGUGGGAAAAAUUAUGAGGAGUCCAUGGCACACGUGGACAGCUUCGUCAAAGAGUUACUGUCCAGCGACGCCAUGAAGGACUACAACAGAGCCCGUGUCUACCUCGAUGAGAACUACAAGUCUCCAGAGCAUUUCACAGCACUAGGAAGUUGCUACUUUAUACAUGAAUCCUUAAAAACCAUCCACCAGUUUGAUUUCAAAGCCAAGAAGUUCAAGAAGGUGGUUGGCAAGGAGGUCUACUCGGACACUUUAGACAGCACGUCCAUGCUGGAGAAAGAGAAGUUCCCUCAAGACUACUUUCCAGAGUGCAAAUGGUCCAGAAAAGGCUUUAUCAGGACUCGUUGGACACUGGGGGAUUGUGCCUUUGACCUGGUCAAUAUUCACCUGUUUCACGAUGCCUCCAACCUGAUAGCCUGGGAAAACAGCCCGUCUGUCUAUUCAGGCACAAGGCAGAAAGCUCUCGGCUAUGUUCUGGACAGGAUCACAGACCAGCGUCAUGAGAAGCUUCCAUAUUUCCUGUUUGGUGAUUUUAACUUCAGGCUGGACUCCAAGCAGGUUAUAGAGAGUUUGUGUUCAACAGCCACUAUGCAGACGGUUCGAACUGCAGACACCAACCAAGUGGACAAGCUCAUAUUCCGAGAGUCGGACAAUGACCGCAAGGUUGUGUUACAACUCGAAAAGAAGCUUUUUAACUACAUUAACCAGGAUGUUUUCCGGGAAAACAACGGAAUGCUGCUAUUAGAGUUUGAUAAAGAGAAGGCUGUCUUUAAGGAUCGUCUGCACGAGCUGGACAUUUCAUUUCCUCCCAGCUACCCAUACAGUGAGGACACCAGUCAGGGGAAGCAGUACAUGAAUACACGAUGCCCUGCCUGGUGUGACCGCAUCCUCAUGUCUUCUUCUGCCAAAGACCUGGUGUUAAAGCCAGAGGCUGAGGAGAAGUCAAUAACAUAUGACAAUAUUGGGCCCAAUGUCUGUAUGGGGGACCACAAGCCUGUUUUCCUGUCCUUUCGAUUAACCACAGGGGCAGAUAAAUGCUGCCAAAGAAUGGAGGGGAUUUCACCACAAGAGACCCUGUGAGAAACUCAGAGACAGCUGGAUACACACACUCUCUCACACACACUCUCAGAAAACCCUGAUAAGACUUUUCAGCAGGACUGACCAGUCGUAUUGAAACAAGUGCAAGCCAUCACACCGAAAGAUAUGGCAUCAUGUGCACAAGCGUGAUAUAAGAUUCAGGAACACACACGAAUGUCAAGCACACAAACACAGCUUAUACCACACACUUCUCUUGUUGGACACUUUUCCUGCAACCUUUUCCCAGAACACCAACACACGGACAAACAAGUUAAAGGACAACUCUUCUUAUAUGACAUAGCCUUGUUUCCAAAACUCUAAUAGAAAAAUCAGAAGUACUACAUAUUUUAAAGACAAUACUUACGAUUUUUAGAUAUGCCUCUACAUUAUAAAAGAUACUUCCUAACUUGUGUAAGAUGUUUUAAGAAGUGCAAUGCAAAAAAAAAAUGUUGUAUAUGUAUAGUGUUAGGUUUAUUUGUACAUUGGAUAAUUAUAUAGUGGUGUUGAUGUUUUUUAGUGCUGUUUUCUUUCUAUUUUGGCAAGCUUGUGCAGUCUCUCUAUCUCUCUCUCUUUCUCUCUCUCUCUCUCUCUCUCUCUCUGUCAGAUUAGAUUAGGUAUUUUUCAUUUAAUUUCAUUUCAACAAUUGACAUUAGUUUGCUUUAUUUCCUUUCCUUGCUUUGAUGUGGGAGCCUCGUGUGCCAUUUUUCUGCCAUUCUCCAAGUCUCAUUUUAUAUACUGUACUUUUUAAAGAGAUGAUAAUUUAUUAUUCUUACCAAAAUGAUUACACUGAGGUGUGGAUAGAAACUUGCCACUUGUCAGCUGAAACGUUUGAAUAGUUAGUUAUAUAUUAAAACACAUCAUCUGAAGUGCACCUUUUUUUUUUUCUUUUUUUUUUGCAGUCAUAUGAUUUUAUCGUAGCCUGAGCUAUCUGAGCUAUUCUAACCAGUGUCAUAGGCCAUGCAAGUAGCUAUAUAAGAUAUUGUUUCAUAUAGCAGUCUCACUUGGUUAAUGCAUUAUUAUUCUUAUCCUAACUUAUUUCUGUGUAAUAAUAUGGUUCUGAAUGUGAUAUUUUAGAUAGGCUUGGGUAUCUUUAAAACAUGUAAACUUACUUUUUUUUUUUUUUAAGAUUUUUGUUUGUUUUUUUUUUUGUUUGUUUGUUUUCUUUUGUUACUGCGUCAUGGUGCCAAGUAUUGUACACAGCAGACAAAUGUGUGUUUAAGAGUUUGUGCAGUCGGUAGGAGGAAACCGGUCGCUGUAAACCGCGCACUAUUGGACCGAAUAGUGAUAGUAAAUACCACGCUAGGCUGUUUUGAAACACACUUUAGUGUGGUGUAGUGCGCGGUUUGGGACGCGGCCUGAGUUGCUCCGUCUAUUUCACCGUUAAUCCGCUUUCACAGCUCGUUAGAGCUUUAAAAUGGCGAUUAGCAGUCGGCCGACGUUUCCUCAUAACGAUUUUAAUUUAGUACACUACAUAGUUCAGCAGGUAGUCUGAUAUUUGGAUGUCCUUUUUUCUCAUUUGAAUCACCGUAAGUGAGAAUGAAUUCAUGUCGUCGUAAGAGUGGCUUCCCAAACUGGCAUAGCAGACUAAAUAGUGUCAAAUUAGUGCUCUAACUCAAAUGUGACAUAACCUACGACACUGCAGGUCUCUUUAUUUAAUAAAUGUGAGCGUUUGGGGGAAAACAGGGCGUUAUUUAGACGACACGAAUGUAUUCUAUCAGCCAAAAAUUUCAACGUACUGUUUAGUAGUAGCCUACUAUUUAGUACGGUAGUAUGCCAUUUUGGAUUCUGCUCAAUAACCUUUCCCCUUUGCGCCGGUCACGUGAUGCGGUGUGUUCCCUAUGUCCCUAUGUAAUAGCAUAUAGAGAUUGAGCUCCAUGGGUGGCCUGCUGGCCCCUUCAAGCAAUAAAACCAUUAGAACUGAA